AUGGAAGAAAACUUUAUACAACUAGUUAUAGGAAGCAGAUUUUUAUAUGAUAAAAGCCAUACAGAUUUUAAAAAUGGGCCAAAAAAAGAGAGAGCUUGGCAAGAAAUAGGCGAAAAAUUCGGAAUUUCAGGUGAAGAAGCUUCCAAACUUUUUAAGUCCAUGCGGGAAAAAUAUUCCAGAAUAAAAAGAAAAAAAGAUACGGAUAGUAAAAGCGGUUCAGGUGCCUCAAAACAAAAAGAGUGGCAUCUGUUUGAAUUGAUGCGAUUCUUAGACGAGGUGCUGAAACCUAGACAAACGGCUAGCAGUAUUUUAAAUAAACCAAGUCAGUCGAGCCAGUCUUUGUCGGUUGAAAUAGAGGUUGAGGAUGGCAUCACCAUUAAGGACCUGCUUGAUGAAUCAAUACUUUCAUCAGAUUCGUGGGUGUCAACAGCAUCAUUAAAUUUAGGGCAAGGCCAGUCAGGCACACCACAGUCCUCAAAAUUGUUAAAAGGACAGUCUGAAGAGGAAAGUGGGGAUUUUGAUGAAGAAAUAAUUAACCGAAAGAAAAGGAGUGCAAUGCAUUUAACUCCAACACCGAGCAGAAACAAGAAGAGGACCAUCGACGAACGUGUUUCUUCUGCUUUAGAAUCUAUUGCAGCCAAUUUUGAUAAAACUGAGCCAAGUGCAGGAUCGGAGUAUAUUCAUGCAUUUUGUGCAAACUUAGAGCAAGAAAUGAAUAGAAUGCCUUCAAAUAUCCUUGAGGAUUUUAAAGAUGAAGUUAAUGAAAUAUUAAUAAAAAAAAGACGAUUAAUGCGACUUUAA